ACCAGUUCCAGGAACAUUAGUAUAUAAGGCGAACAUUACCACACUGAAGUCACAGUAGGACUCGAACCUCACACAAUGAUCAGAAAGGGAGUUACUGAGAGUUUCGGGGCAGCAGUCUCUUGUCUGAGCACAUCUCAUCUGACAGAUGAGGUGAUUAGGAGGAGCAAGGGAAUGAUACUGGACACGCUGGGAGUGGGAUUGCUUGGAACCAGCACCCCAGUCUUUAACACGGUACUUCAGUGCAGCCAAAGGCAGCAAGCGUUGGAAAACAGCAAGGUCUGGGGAAGACCCGGACUAUCUCUUCCACCUCAGUAUGCUGCUUUUGUUAAUGGGGUUGCGGUGCACUCUAUGGACUUUGAUGACACCUGGCAUCCAGCCACUCACCCCUCUGGUGCUGUUUUGCCAGCUGUCCUGGCACUGGCUGAAACGUUGCCUGUUAAACCCUCCGGCCUGGAGCUGUUGCUGGCUUUCAAUGUAGGCAUAGAGGCUCAGGGGAGACUCCUGAGGUUUUCUAAAGAGGCACACAACAUUCCCAAAAGAUUUCACCCGCCUGCAGUUGUUGGGGUUAUGGGAAGUGCGGCAGCUACGGCUAAACUUUUGGGUCUCCCAGCGGCCCAGAGCAUAGCAGCUCUAGCGAUAGCCUGCUCGUCUGCUGGAGCACCCAUGGCAAAUGCUGCAACCCAAACCAAACCUCUCCACAUGGGCAAUGCUGCCCGAGGGGGUCUGGAGGCCUCCCAACUCGCUUUCCUCAGCCUUGAGGGUAACACACAGAUUCUGGAUCUGGAAUCAGGCUUCGGGGCCUUCUAUCCAGAUUAUGUCCCUCACCCAUUGGCUGAGGUCACCCCUACUUCUCAGUACAGGUGGGUGUUAGAAGACCAGAACAUUGCACAGAAGCGCUUUCCCGCCCAUCUCGGGAUGCACUGGGUGGCAGACGCAGCAAUAGAAGCGAGGGCGAAAGUUCUGGACAAAUUCCCAAAUGCAGACCUCAGUCAUAUCAAGAAGAUCACUCUGAGAGUGCCUACAUCCAGAUAUGUAGACUGCCCUCUUCCAGUUAGCGAGCACCAGGCCAGACACUCUUUCCAGUUCAACUGCUGUACUGCACUGCUGGAUGGAGAGGUCACUGUCGAGUCCUUCAGCAAAAGCCAGAUGAACAGGAGUGCCCUAAAGGAGAUGCUUCUGAAAGUGCAAUUGGAAAAUCCCCAAGACAAUCAUUCGAGCUUUGAAAAGAUGUAUUGUGAAAUUGCAGUGGAGACAGUCCAGGGGGAAAUGUUUACUGCGCGCUGCAACACUUUUUACGGUCACUGGAGGAAACCUCUUAGUCAUGAGGAUCUGGUGCGGAAGUUCAGGGCUAAUGCUUCGACCGUGCUGAGCGCUGAUGUCGUGGAGGGUAUUAUUUACACUGUAGAGCAUCUGGACACAAACCAAGACUGUUCAAUGCUUUGGUCAUACAUGCACUUUAAUAAGCACAUGAUGUAUAGGGAUGAGCGCCGCUCCUCAGCUUUGGCCUGAAUUAUUGUGCAUUGUGGCAUCAUUUAGACUAAUAGAAAUGAUGUUGAUGAACCAUGUGUAAUAUGUAAUUAUUUUGUUCCUCGUAUUCUCAUUUUGGUGAAAAUGUACCACAGAAGAGUUUUGAACUGCUUCCUAGCAAACUUUUGAUGGUGAAUAUGAUACAUGUGUAAAUGCUGAUGAGGUAAAAGCAUGAGAACAACUGUGGCUUAAAUCUGGAAUUUUGUAUUCUGGCCAAAUUGUCACAAGGUAUUUUACUUACCAAAACCAACUUUAAUUUGGUGAUUGGCAAGUAUUAAAUAUGGACCUUGUUUAUAUAUAUAUAUAUAUAUAUAUAUAUAUGUGUGUGUGUGUGUGGGGGGGGGGUUUUCUGGCUAACCUACAGUAUUUCUGCAAUGUCAGAUAAAAGUUUAUAAUAGUGCUCUUUCAUCAGAUGUUGUUUUUUUUUUAUUCCCAGAAAGUGGAGUAAGUUCCUUUCCCAUGCCGAACUGAAAGUGAAGAGAUAACAUCUUUGUUCAUUUUCACAUUUCUGAAUGAAAGGUUUCACAUCAUUUACUUCUUCUUUUACAUCACUGUUUUCAGUUCUGUUUCUGUAUUUUCUGUUCCAUGUUGAAAUUACCUUUGAUGUUUAUCUAAUAAAAGUUAUUUACAUUAUCAUUGAAAAGUUUGAUGUUUUUGA